AUUCAUAUCAGCUCCGAGCAGAAUUUGCAGUAUGGUUGGCUGGCUUAUAUGUUGGGAGACAGAGCUACAAAAAAGUUCACUGAAUACAGCAAAAUCUUUACUGUGGAGGGAAACUUAUCUUCUGGGAAGGGCAAGCUUGCACAACAAAUAGCAGAAAAGCUAGGAAUGAAAUAUUUCCCAGAAGCGGACAUCCACUACUUAGACAGAAUCACUGGAGACGGAACGUUGCUGCCUGAGAAAUUUAAUGGUUUCUGUAACCUAGAGAGAUUUUACAAUGAUCCAAAAUGCCCUGAUGGACACUCUUAUCGACUGCAAGCUUGGCUGUUUGGUAAUCGUGUUUUACAGUAUGCUGAUGCGUUGGAGCAUCUGCUGUCCACAGGACAAGGUGUGGUGAUGGAGCGUUCUCCCUACAGCGACUUUGUAUUUCUGGAUGCAAUGUUUAAACAAGGCUAUAUCCACAAGCGAUGUCUUGAUCACUACAAGGAGAUCAAAGAGAUCAGCAUUUGUGAAUUCCUGCCACCUCACUUGGCCAUUUACAUAGAUGUACCUGUCCCAGAUGUGCAGAAGAGGAUUCAAGAGAAAGGCGAGCCAUAUGAGAAAAAGGUGUCUCCUUUGUAUCUCCAGAACAUUGAGGAUGCUUACAAGAAAACCUUCUUACCAGAGAUCAGUGAGACCAGUGAAGUUCUGCAGUAUACAGCAACUGAGGCAGAGGAUGUGGAGAAGGUAAUUGAAGACAUUGAGUACCUGAAGUUUGACAAGGGGCCAUGGCUGGAGCAGGAUGAUGUUUCUUUCCAUCAUCUGAGACUUUAUGUUCAGGACAAAGAUGGAGUGCUGGAUCCUACAGCCAUCCCUCGCUUCAUUCCAGAAAUCACAAUUGGAGGCAGUGAAUAUGAUAAAAUCUAUUACGAAUAUCGAUCGCUUCCUGGUCGCAAUUUUAGGCAAGGCUACAAUGCUGAUGUUGGUGACAAGUGGAUCUGGCUGAAAUGAGAUCUGCCUCCCUUUGGAGCCCUAACCGCGAUGGACCGCAGAACUUAAGUGAAGAAGAAGUGGAGUUCAGUGUGCCUGCUCUGCGUCAAUUGUGUAGUGCGAAGAAAAUGCUGGUUAAAUCAUCCUCCAGCUACAGCAUAAGAGAAUGGACUCCUAGAAGGGAAAUCACUUUAUUCUGGUUUGUUCUUCCCUGAUGAAUUCAGGGUGCUUUGUCUUUGGAUGUUUGAUAGUCAAUGAGUGAUAGCAAAGUGAUCUGGUAUUACAGGGGCAGACUUAAGAUCAGUUCUGAACUUUCUCUUCAUCAAGACUGUGGCAUAUUAUUACACAGGAUUAUUGUUAUUUUGCUGAAUCAAGAGAAAUUAAACCUGUAUCCUCCUGGCUCUCACAAAGUUCAUUUCUUGCUCUGUCAUGCAUGGUGUUUUAUUAGUUUCAUUAGAAGAGUGCACAUGCUAAAAAAACGUGCUUGCAUCAUGUUCUGAAAGCC